UCAAUACCAGAAGAAUUGUUUUCGUCACCAAGAAAGUAUCAUCUUGAUCUUAUAAUUGGAACUUUUUUUCACAACAAACCAAUUAAAUAUCAUAUUGGAACUGUCAAUCUUGAUUUAACAACUUCAUCAUCAGAGUAA